AUGGACGGCGUUCUACCGGGUGAUGUAGUGUUGGAUUCGGUGGAGAUGUGGGUGCAACUCCAUGACCUACCGAUGGGGUAUACAUCCGAGCUGAUUCAGGAGCAGAUUGGGAAUUUUCUCGGCAAGUUUGUUAUGUGCGAUGAUCGUUUCACGGGGGCACCAUGGCUUAACUUCUACCGCAUCCGAGUAGCCCUUCCGGUAGAUAAGCCUAUUAAACGCAAGAUGAAACUCCUUAAGCGUGAUAGAACGUACAGCUGGGUGACAUUCAGGUAUGAGAGACUCCAUAAUUAUUGUUUCUUUUGUGGCAUGCUGGGGCACUCCUACAAAUUUUGUCUAAAGGCGCGCGAGUCGACCAUUCCGAUCGAUCAGUACCCUUUUGGCGCAGACUUGCGCGCCGGUCACAGUCGGGGGCCGAGAGCAGUAGGGGAAAAGUGGCUGGUUCCGGUAGGGGGUUUGCCGUUGCCGGAUGCGGUACCGACGCCGCCUAGCGGUAGCAGCGCUGAUGACGCAGUGGGUACGGUCACGGGGGCUGUGGUGGAAGCAGAGGUUGUUGCCGUGUCCAAGCGACGACGUGAAGGGCCGCCAGCUGCCUUACGUAGGCGGGGGAGUGGCAGUAGUGAUGUUGCAAUGCAUGACAUGUCAAAAAACUUGCACAUGGCGGGUUCUAGUUCCCAGGCCCGCCCGUCAUCAUGA